UUUGGCUCAAUUGCGCAAAGUCUCUUCUGUCCAAAGUCUACAGUCCCCAAAAAGGAAGUUUGAACGUUCCACUAUACUAGGAGAGUUACCACUGCCUAUGAGUUUGGCACCAAGGGAGCUACAAAAAGAGGAGAGGAUAAAAGAGGCACUAGAGGAUUCUCAAGGUCCACUAGGACGGUUGGUCCAUGCUCUUCCUGAUGGAACAUUGCUUAUAGAGCUUAUCAGACCGGUGAACGCACCCUUUGGCUUUGUCAUCUCUAGGGGUAAAGGAAGACCUGACUCAGGUAUAUAUGUGGAACGCAUUGGAGAUAGUCCAACUGAAAACAUCUACACUGGACUAUUGGGUGUUGGAGAUGAGAUUCUAGAAGUGAAUGGGGAAACCAUUGCUGGAAUGACUUUAGAUCAGGUCACACGCCUUAUGACCCGUGAAAGCAAAGCCAAGAUACGGAUCCGUCCAAAUUCCUAGAUUAAGCACUGAUGCACCAGGAGCAAAUUACAUAUGUAGGGGAUUUAUAGGAAUAAGGAUUUUUUUAACACUGAAUACUAUAG